AUAUGCCAGAAUAUGUACCGCGACGUUUUGAGAGAGUAUAUAAACACAUAGCACUUAGCCUAUGAUAUUAAUUAAUAUAUGUGUGAGGAAUUUUGAUUUUAGAGAUGAAUAAGCUUAGAAAGUUAAUAUUAUUUACAGUUACUAUCUGUUUUACUGUUGCCGACGAAACAAAAAAGGAAGAAAAUGUUUUAGUUCUAAACACAGAAAACUUUGAUGAAGUUAUCAAAAAUAAUAAGUUUAUCAUGGUUGAAUUUUAUGCACCAUGGUGUGGACAUUGUAAAUCCCUUGCUCCAGAAUAUGCUAAAGCUGCAACUCUAUUGGCGGAGGAACAGUCCAAGAUCAUGCUUGCUAAAGUUGAUGCUACACAAGAAUCAAAAUUGGCUGGAAAAUAUGAAAUCCAAGGUUAUCCAACACUGAAAUUUUUUAAGGGAUCAAAAAUUAUUGAUUAUACAGGUGGUCGUAAAGCUGAUGAAAUCAUUCAAUGGCUGAAGAAGAAAACUGGUCCUCCAGCCAAGGAACUAGUCAGUGCAGAGGAUGCUAAACAGUUUAAAGAAAGUGCACAUGUAGUAGUAGUUGGUUUCUUCAAAGACCAAGAAGCAGUUGAUGCUAAAGCUUUUUUUGAAGUUGCAGACCAAACUGAUGACCACCCUUUUGCUAUCACAUCCAGUAAAGAAGUGUAUAAACAGCUGGGUGUAGAAUCUGAUGGAGUUGUACUCUUUAAAAAGUUUGAUGAAGGCAGGAAUGCACUUGAGGAUAAAGUUACUGUUGAGUCCUUGAAGAAGUUUGUAAAAGCAAACAGCUUGCCUCUAGUUAUAGAGUUUGAUCCUGAGAAUGCUCAGAAAAUAUUUGGUGGAGAUAUAAAAACUCAAAAUCUUCUUUUUAUAAGUAAAUUAUCACCAGAAUAUACCAAACUCAUGGAAGAUUAUAAUACUGCGGCCAGAGAAUAUAAAAACAAGGUUUUGUUUGUUGUUGUUGAUGCUGAGAAAGAAAACAAUGAAAGAAUCUUGGAGUUUUUUGGAAUGAAGAAAGAAGACAUGCCUGAAAUGCGGAUAAUACAGUUAAAGGAUGAGGUGUCCAAAUUUAAGCCUGAAACUAAAGAGAUCUCUUUGGAAAAUAUCCGUAGUUUUGUUCAAGAUGUUUUGGAUGGAAAAUUAAAGGAACAUCUACUGUCCCAAGAUGUACCUGAAGACUGGGACAAACAUGCAGUAAAAGUUCUAGUCAGCAAAAAUUUCGAAUCUGUAGUUUUUGAUAAGUCUAAGGAUGUGUUAGUAGAAUUCUAUGCUCCCUGGUGUGGACACUGUCAGGAGCUUGUUCCCAUCUAUAAAGAGCUUGGAGAGAAAUACAAGGAAAAUGAUACAAUCGUGAUAGCUAAGAUGGACUCCACACUUAAUGAACUAGAACAUACAAAAAUUAACAGUUUUCCAACAAUUAAGUUAUUUAAGAAAUGGACCAAUGAGGCAGUAGAAUAUAAUGGUGAAAGGACAUUAGAUGGUAUGACAAAGUUCUUAGAAACAAAUGGAGAGUAUGGCAAAGCUGCUCCUGAUGAGGUAAGAAGGAAAUUUGUAAAAGUAAUAGGUUUAAUAUAUAUUUAUUAAUAAUGUAGUAGACAC